GGGUCUCCGGGCGGAAGUGGGACCACGUCUCUGGGAGUGGGGGGCGCCGGGCGGCCGGGGCGUCCCCAGCGUCGCCUCUCGCCCACUGCCCGAGACCCCCAGCCCCGCCUCCAUCCGCGUCGACCUCGGUCGCCGCUGUCGCCGAGGGUGGCGGCACGGUCGGCGGGCGGGGAGCGGGCGCCGCGGGCCGCGCCGGAAGCUGAGAGAGGAGGUCGAGUCCCGGAAUGGCGCGCCAGGUGUCCGUGGCCUUCCAGGACCUGGCGGUGCGCUUCUCAGAGGACGAGUGGCAGCUGCUGGGGGAGGGGCAGAGGGCGCUGUACCAGGACGUGAUGCGGGAGAACUACGAGACGCUGCUAUCCCUGGGGACAGCUGAGCUGCUCCCCCUCUCUGCCUUCCUGUCUCCUACGGAGCCUGCUGGAACCAUGGAAGGCAGGAGCUACGCUGGUGAGGGGCAGGAGCCUCCCCAGGGAGGAGGCCCCCUGGGAGGAGCGCCCCCGCACAGCCUGCACCUCACGGCCCUGGUGCAGCUGGUGAAGGAGAUUCCAGAGUUCCUGUUUGGGGAGGUCAACCCCGAGAGCGAGAGCGGGGGAGCCGGCCUGGACGGGGAGCGGGCCAGCCCCGAGGCGUCCUGUCCUUCCUCCCCAAUAGCAGCUGUGACCGUGCAGACAUGCCCUCUCCGAGGCCUGCCCGGCUGCCUUCCAGACGCGUCUACUGGCUGGCCCAGCCUGGCCACCACGUCUAGUAGCAGCUCAUCGUCCAGCGGCCUUCCUGGAGCCGGGGGACAGGGCAGUCCCCUCCCCAUCAACACUACUGGCAAACCAAGAUCUACAGAGAAGGAAGGCCCCGAAGCCCCAGGUCGGGAGCCCAGCCCUCCCACCUGUAGCCCCAGCAGGAAGAAGGGUCACCGGAAACAGGAGAGAGGGCCCAUGGGGACAGGUGCCGUGGGAAUCUCUCCUGGGAGCAGCCCCUUGCAAGGCCUUAUCAACUGCCUGAAGGAGAUCCUUGUGCCUGGGCCCCAGCACCCUGAGGUGUCCCCACGCUCACUGCCUCCUGUCCCCGGCCGGGACACCUCUCAGCUAACCAGAGCAGAGCUGGGGCCUGGGAGCCCGCCCUGGGGAGUGAAGUCAGAGGCAGCUUCCGGGGACUGUCCCCUCCAGGGUCUGCUGAACUGUCUGAAGGAGAUCCCCGAGACCCCGCACGGGCGUCCCAGCCCCUCAGGCGUGCAGGAGGAUCCAGGGGCCUACAGGAGGAGUUCUGGAGGGCCCAGGCCCCCCCAGACCCCUCCUCCCGGCCCUGGUCCAGGAGCUGACGGCGUGCCCCCUGUGGUGAAGACAGAGGACAGCCGGGCCCAGAGCCCCCCAGUGCCUGCGUCCUGUCAGCCCAGCAAGUGGACCCACAGCCCCUCUGCCACCAGCAGCCAGGGGAGCAGUAGAGACACCAGAGGGGUCCAGGUGCCCAGCUGGGGCCCCGUAGCUCAAGCCGGCAGUGCCUCAAGCUCGCCCCUGGAAGCCCUGGAGGCCUGUCUGAAGGGCAUUCCCCUGAGUGGGUCGUUACCUCCCCAGCCGCCGGCCACCGCCACCUCUGGGUUCCGGAGCCCUCAGCCGGGAGAUCCCGGGUCUCAGAGGCCCGAGCUGCAGCCCCGAAGAUCACACAGUGAAGAGGUGGCUAUGGGGCCUCUUCUGGCUCUGAGUCUGCAGGGCUAUGUGAGAGGCAGCCCUGCCCUCCCCUCAGGUCCCCACAGCACCCCUACCAGCUUCUCCUCAUCCAGCAGCACCGAUGGGGACCUGGAUUUCCAGAGCCCAGGGGGCAGCCAGGGGCGUCAGCCUGGAAAAGGAAGCCCAGUGGGAAGCUCCUCGCUCCAGGGCCUGGAGAACUGUCUCAGAGAGAUACCUGUGCCCAGGCCACAGUCAGCCUCGUCCUGGUCCUCAGCGGGGGACAGGGGGCCACAGAGAGCGGAGCCCAAGAACUGGACGGCAGACAAGGAAGGACUGAGGGGUGAGGCCUGUGAGCCAGCCCAUCUGGGACAGAGUCAGGGGGAAACACCCACCAGGAGCUUCCGGCUGGCCAGCCCACAGGCGCUGACCUCUAGCAGUGUCCCCAUCGGUUACCAGCGAGGACUCAAAGACCACGGGGCCACCAGGCCGGGACCGUGGCGGUGGCUCCAAGAUGGGGCAGCCGCGAAGCCCUCCCCACUCCAUUGCCUGGAGAACUCCCUGAAGGGGAUCUUGCCUGGGAGGCCCUUGCACUUUGCCUGCUUGGCAGGCUCCGGCUCCGGCUCCGGCUCCGGCUCCAGCCCGGGCCUCAGCCCCAGCCCUGGCUCCGGCUCCAGCUCCAGCCUCAGCAGCUCGGAGGGAGAAGAGCUGUGGCAGCUGCUUCCACAGGAGAGGGACCGCCUUCCGAGCUGCAGGGGUCCUGGCCCCCUGUCCCCACGCCCCGGCGGCGCCCCUACAGGCGGCAGCCUGGGUGAAGGCCCACGGAGAGCAGAGCCCGGGGCCCCCUACGGCCUCCAUGCAGCAGGCAAAGCCGAAGAGAAGACGGGAGGCAGGUGCCAGUUGCCCUGGAGAGAAGUGUACUCGGAAAUCCCGGGCCGGCCUGGCCCCCUGGGCAGCAGCGGCGGAGGAGGGGCCGCUGUGAACCCCUGCCCUGCCCCUCAGCUGGAGAAAAGGCCCGGGCCAGGGCCCUGCCAGCCCCUUGGAUCGGCCCAUGGGCCCCUGUCUUGGAAGCCCAGGGUCAGUGAAGAAUCCAGGGGCCUGGGGCCUGCAAAUGGAAGACCAAGUGUUGCAGCCAGGACCCAGGGCAAGCCACUUCCCAGAGGCCUGCCUGAGCCACCCCCUGUGGCCGCCAUCCCUCCGGCUUUGCCGCAGACGCCCCCACAGCCGUGCCCCUGCGGAAGUUCUCUGCAGCAGGAGCUCCGCGGCCUCGGUGCCGCCCUCUCGGAGAAGCUGGAUCGGCUGGCCACCGCCCUGGCGGGCCUGUCUCAGGAAGUAGCCACUAUGAGGACGCAGGUGGAUCGGCUAGGGAGGCGCCCUCGGGGCCCUGGGCCAAAGUGCCAGGCUUCCUGGCCGUGGGCCCUCUCCCGGGGACCUCGCUGGGCCAGUGGCCCUGCUCACAGACACCUGCCCUACGGGAGACAGAAGGGCCCCGCCAGGCCGAAACCAAAGAUCCUGCGUGGCCAGGUGGAAGGCUGCAGGGCAGGUGACACCUCAGGCCUCUCCUGCAGAAGAUUCCGCCCGGUUCCUCAGCUGCCUCCAGACGCCCCCACAGCAGAACCUUCUGGCCCCGACUGCAGCCCUUCCCAGCAGCCCCUGUCCUCAGCAUGCAGCUGCCACACUGUGGUGACAGCGCAUGCCCCCCUCGGACACGCCGGGGGUCCGCAGAGUGCCCCCAGCUCCUCAGUGCCUACCGCCGGACCCCCGCAGGUGGCUUGUCCUACCGCCAGUGUGGACGCCGAGCCGCCGUGUGCGGCAGCCCUGCCUCCUGGGACCCGGGGCCGGCCCAAGGACCCCAGCAGCCUGAUGGUGGGGGUCCAGAGGGCCCUCGGGGAGGAACUGUGGGGUGGGGGGUGUAGGGCCCUGAGGUGGGGGGCCCCUAGCCACCUUCUUCACCAGCUCAGCCCUGCCGAAGGCAGCUCGACCCUGGCCACUUCCCCCAGGUGCCGUCCCGCCCCCUCAUCCUGCCCCAGCCCAGCCUUUCCCGCCUCUGGGCCGUGAAGGGGCUGGGAGCUCAACCCUUGACCCCACCGCCCUCUGACUCCGGGAUGCUGCUUGCUCAGGGAGGCCGCUGUCUGGGGUGCAUUUCUCAGCCAUGCCCCUGGCCUCCUUGGCUCAGGUUCAUUCAGAUGUUGCCUCCCCGUCUUGUCCUUCCCGCUGGAUCUGUCCUGGCACACAGGUGGGAGGCGCGCCUGCCCGGGGCGGCUGAGCAGCUGCAGCGGGACCACGAGAGCCCCUCUUCCUGGCACCUGCCCUUCCUGAUCUCGGCACAAAGCAGGGCUUGGCUCUCGCUUUCCUGGUAAAUAGGGGCAUCGGUUUCCUUUGGAGAGAAGCCCCAGUUUCAGCUGGAUUUGCCCGUGUGGAGUCUGACGUUAGAGAAGUGGGGUGCUGAGGGAAAGGCCCUGGGCUCCUGCCAUCGGUUACGGUACCAGCACGAGUACCCAGUUGGCUCAGCUCCUGCCUCUCCACGCUUCCAGAGAAGUCGGCAAUCUCCCAGAAGGCUGGGAAAGUCAGCUGCAGGAUGGAAUUAGCACACGACUCCUUUGAAGAGUGGCUCCUGUUCACCAGGCAGCUCAAACAACAGACGUUUACCCUUGAGAGUGUGGAGGCCAGCGUCCAAGGUCGGGGUGUGGCCGAGGCGCCGAGGCAGCAAGGAGGGUCGGUCUCGGGGCUCUCUCCUGGCCUGUCCGUGGUCAUCUUCAUGUUCACGUGGCUUUCUCCCUGGGCACAGAUCUCCAGAUUUCCCCUUCGUGUGAGGGGGCAGCUGCGCAGGACCAGGCCAGCCGAGUGCCCUCACUGUGGCUUGAUCACUUCUUUAAAACCCCAUCUCCAAAUAAGGUCACGUUCUUAGGUAUUGGGAGUUAAGACAUCAACACCAAUUUGGGGGGCACAGUUCAAACCAUAACACGUAUGAUGGACUGAGUUAGUGUUCUCGAAUUUGUGUUGGGAGAAGAGAGCUCCUGCUCUGGGCCCCCCUCCUCAGGUGGCACUCGGUUAUAUACUGGGAGGCUUGCCUGUCACCUGCCUCCUGUCCUUCCCCAGGGUCAGAUCUUUUGUCCUAGCCUUAUGUUCCCACUUUAGUCCUUACUAGAUGUGAAGAAUUUUCGGGAACUGUGUGUGUAUACUUGAUGCCCAGGAAGGGCCGCCAAGCGUGGCCUGGCAUGGUUUGCUCUGCUGCCAGGACCAAGGCGCUCGAUGGUGGCACAAGCGAUGCCUCGUGCCUGGUCAGGGACACAGCACGCUGGGGACACACACGGGGCCUGGCCUGUUCCCUUGGCUACCCCUACAGACGCAGCAGGCUGCUGAUGUGGGACCGAAGGGAGAGGGCCUGGGGCUGACAGACACCCUGGUGGGGUGGGGUGGGG